UGAGCACUGAGGGGAGCUGCGCGUGAGGCGGCUGCAUAACCGAACGGCAGCGCGAAGAGACCCCCAGAGAGCGAGAGGGCGAGGUCGGAGUCCAAAGGGGCGGGGCGUCUGAGGAGAGGAAGGGAAGGAAGGGAGGGGGCGAGGAGGUGAGGGGCGGGCGCCCGCGUGAGGGGCUACGUGAGGGCAACUCGGCGAGUGGGCGGGGCUUCGCCUGCGCCUGGCUGUGGAGGCGCCGCCGCCGCCGCCGUGAGAAGCCCCCCGGCCCGCUUUCCUCGCUCCCUCCUUCCUUCCUCCUCGGCCCGGCGGGGAUGGCGGUGCUGGACCUGGCCCUGGAAGGGCUCGCCAUCUUCGGGCUCGUCCUCUUCGUGGUGCUGUGGCUCAUGCACUUCAUGUCCAUCGUUUACACGCGUCUGCACCUCAACAAGAAAGCAACAGACAAACAGCCAUACAGCAAACUUCCAGGAGUUUCACUUCUAAAACCAUUGAAGGGUGUUGAUCCAAACCUCAUCAACAACCUGGAAACUUUUUUUGAGUUGGAUUAUCCAAAAUUUGAAGUGCUUCUUUGUGUACAAGACCACGAUGAUCCUGCCAUUGAUGUGUGUAAAAAGCUCCUUGGCAAAUAUCCCAAUGUUGAUGCAAGACUAUUUAUAGGUGGUAAAAAGGUUGGGAUAAAUCCAAAGAUCAACAACUUAAUGCCAGCAUAUGAAGUUGCCAAAUAUGAUUUAAUAUGGAUCUGUGAUAGCGGCAUUAGAGUAACGCCAGAUACACUAACUGACAUGGCCAAUCAGAUGACAGAAAAAGUCGGAUUGGUUCACGGCCUGCCCUAUGUGGCAGAUAGACAGGGCUUUGCUGCCACUCUAGAACAGGUAUACUUCGGCACUUCUCACCCGCGAUCAUAUAUUUCUGCCCAUGUAACUGGCUUCAAAUGUGUAACAGGAAUGUCUUGCUUGAUGAGAAAAGAUGUAUUGGACCAAGCUGGCGGACUCAUAGCCUUUGCACAGUACAUUGCAGAGGAUUACUUUAUGGCCAAAGCAAUAGCUGACAGAGGCUGGAAAUUUGCAAUGGCCCCACAAGUUGCAAUGCAGAACUCUGGCUCCUAUUCCAUUUCCCAGUUUCAAUCCAGAAUGAUCAGAUGGGCCAAGCUACGGAUCAACAUGCUUCCAGCAACCAUCAUCUGUGAGCCUAUCUCCGAGUGCUUUGUUGCAAGCUUAAUUAUUGGAUGGGCAGUGCACCAUGUGUUCAGAUGGGACAUAAUGGUGUUUUUCAUGUGUCACUGUCUGGCAUGGUUUAUAUUUGACUACAUUCAACUCAGGGGCGUCCAGGGCGGCUCUCUGUGUUUUUCGAAACUUGACUAUGCAGUGGCGUGGUUCAUCAGAGAGUCUAUGACGAUAUACAUUUUCCUCUCAGCCUUGUGGGAUCCUACUAUUAGCUGGAGGACAGGACGCUACAGGUUACGCUGUGGAGGCACUGCAGAGGAGAUCCUUGAUGUAUAGCCACAGCUUUGUGACUGUCUUUCAAGAAAAGAGAAAAAAGGAGAAAAAAAAGAAAGUAUUAUAAAUUAUGUUUAUAUAAAUGCUUUUAAAAGAUCUACCUUCAAUAGUUUUAUUACCUGUACGUUUUCGUAUCUGUUCUUUAAUUUAUUUUGCAUGGCACUUGCAUCUGUGAAAAAAAAGUACAUCUGUAGUCUUGGCCAAAUAGUACCUUUUUAAAUGUACAAAAUCAAAUCAAGAGAAUUGGUUCCAGGAUUUAUUUUCCUUAGGAGUGUUCUGCAGCAAACUCUAAAGACAGUCUCUUUCAGUAUAGCAAAAAGCUCUUUCUCUCUGUCAUAUGGUGUCCUGUGAGCUGUUGAUCAAAGGACAUCAUCCAGUAGGAACAUCUUCUAUACAGAUCUGUUAGAAGUGAUUGGAUGUUGCAAGAAUACAACUGGUUGUACAUGUUAUGAAAAGAUAACACAGGUGGGUUUUGGAAAGCGCAGGUGGCAGGGAACAAGGAGAGAAGCGUUUUAGAUGAUCUAUGCCUACCUCUUGUAAUUGCUGCAAAGAAAAUUUGAACUAAUAGGUAACUUAGGCCUUAUUAAACAAAAAAGCAAAAGCUGGAAAUUUGUAUUUAUGUGUGUGUGUGUGUGUGUGUAUGUGUGACUAUGUGUAUAUAUAGUAGCAUAUUAUUAUUUGGGGUCUCACUGCAGUGAGCCAAUAAUGGAGAGUGCUUGGUGUGGCAGGUGGGAAGAAUUAAUGGUUAGCUGUGCCUAGAGGGCAUCUUUUAGCCAAUUCCAAUUGCGUCUGUCUCAAGCCAUUUCUUAAUCACUGUGCUGUAGUUAGUCUUGCUAAUCUCCUCUGUCAUUCCCAUCUCGACUUUUUAAAAGGGUGUUCUUUUUGUUCUGUGCGAAUGAACGUUUGAUUGCUAUAGGGCAGGGGGAAUGCAUUUCAGAAACAUUUCACACAAGCUAUUUUCUUGUACACUAUGUCUUCUUAAGAAUGUAAUUUCAUGAUGCAGGUAUCUAAUAUCUUUUUUUUAAGUGGGCAUAGGUCUCUCUUUCUCUCUUCACUAGUCACCCUUAAAUAGCAAAUUGCAAUAGAUGAGUUCGCUGUUACUGAGGUUCAGUUGUAAGCUUUAACCAUCCAGAUAGGCCUACUCUUAGCUCCCCCCCCCCUACUCCAGUAAAUCUGGUCUUUCAAUUUGGUUUUUAUAUUCGAGUUGUGAUGGCUGCAAGACUAGAUCGUAAACCAAGUUGUAAAUGCAUGAUGUCUUACCUUUUCUAUUCCUAUUAGCUUGUUUUCCGGCCCCUUGUGUGGGGCUGCUCUUAACUUGUGGUGAGCUGGACUUGUUUGAAAUACAUUUAAAAACAGACUCAAAACAGAAAGCGAAGCUUAGAGGGGGCACUGCAUAAGCCUUUUAAAUAUAUAUAUCUAUAUCUAUAACUGUAUUUAUGCUGCUUUCUCUUCCAAAUGGGCAUGGCAUGUUAUCACCAUAAAAAGUCUAUUGCUAAGUGCAUAUUGCCAGUAUGGCAGCUUUAAUUCCUGAGUUAUGACACUUCUGUGACAAAAAGCAUAAUGUGUAGCAUAUUAGCAAUAACUGAGUAUUUAUAGAAAAAGACAUUUUUUUUCUGAUUUACUGAGCCAGUCCAUUAACUGUCUGGUAUACACAUGGUGUAAUUUGUGUGUGUGUGUGCAUGCGUGCACACGCGUGUGUGUGUGUGUGGUUGUGUGUGGCCAUGUGCAUGCAUACGUGCAGACGUCCUAUGAAUGUUAACCCGUGCCCAAAUUUCUUCAUUCCUGUAUUUUCCUUGUUUGCCUUAUGACAUUACAGAACUUGUUUUGAAGGGCAUCUUUCUCUACAAACAAGGCUUUGAUGCACAAGCCAGUCUUUAUAUGUGAAUUGGGAAGAACCCGCUUCCCGAGGAAAGCCGCACAUUACAGACUAGUCUGGUUAUGACCCACUUGACUUUUCUUAUGACCGUGUUCAUCAUUGUCGACACUGUUAUCCAGCUUAAUUUUUGCUGAUUGUUUUGUGUUCUGUGAAGUUUGAUUGAUGCCGUUCGUUGCACUGCUGAAGUGAAGCUUGGCUGGUGUAGCUUGAUGCUGAUCACCCCGUAAGGGCAGUGGAACAGGAAACCAAAAAGGCAGGACAGACUUCAUUGUGUCUGAGUGCGUGUGCGUUUUUUAAAAAAUGUUUUGUAGGUAUGAAGAAUUACUUGGGUUUUUUUGUUUUCUUUGCGCAUUAGUGAAGCCUUUAAUGAUAAAGGAAACUGAUGCUUCACUUAAGCCAGCAACUUGAUUUCUUAAUGUAAGAAAUCUGGGUUGAUUAUGAAAUGGAAAUAAAUACUUCAGAAAUAUUGUAGGAGGGCACUGUGGCAGAACAGAGUGAAGGCUCGAAAUGACUAACUUAAAAAUUGUCUUUAUCGGUAUGUCAGAUAUACCAUGUUUAUUUAAAAUCAUUGUCUUGUUUUUGUUUAAAAAUAAAUUUUGAAUACAAUCAAA